CUGAUAUCUGCUUUUAAUUACACUUAUGCCCUUCACUGUCAUCCUGCUUUCCCUUUCGGCUAUUCGACCCUAUGAGACGAUUUCGGCCUCCCUCCCUCCCCUCCCUCUCCUCGGAGAGGAAUUGAGAACAAGAAUUCUCGUUCCCCCUAUAAACUCCUGGUAUUCGAGCCGAAUACCUUCUCAUUCUUCUGGAUAUCGAGGGCUUUUUGGUACCAGAUUUGGCGUUUUCGUCAGAUUUUAGGGUUUCCAUUUGGUUUCUUUACGGAAUGCUGCGGUGAGUCGAUUUCGAGCUGUUCCUUUAAUUUGGGGGGCGGGAGUUUGAGUCAAUCGAAGAGGAGGGAGAUAUGUAUAGGGACAGGGGAGGGUGCGGGUCGAGGGUAGAGAUCGGAGCCGUGGAUCGGAAGCGGAUCAACGAUGCCCUCGACAAGCAUUUAGAGAAGUCGUCGCCAUCGACUUCGAGGUUUCUGAAUGGAAAGGAGAAGGACAGGCUGUCGGUGCUGUCCACCUCCUCCGGGAAGCAGCCGGAGCAUCGGCUCGUGUCCAAGAACAAGUGCUCAAAUGAAGAAUCAGAGACAGAUAGUGAAGAGUCAGAUGUUAGUGGUUCUGACGGGGAAGACACUUCCUGGAUUUCAUGGUUUUGUAAUCUAAGAGGGAAUGAGUUUUUCUGCGAAGUUGAUGAGGAAUACAUACAAGAUGAUUUCAACCUAUGUGGGCUGAGCAGUCAAGUCCCAUACUAUGAUUAUGCUCUGGAUUUGAUCUUGGAUGUUGAAUCUUCUCAUGGUGACAUGUUUACCGAGGAACAAAAUGAGUUAGUUGAAUCAGCAGCUGAGAUGCUUUAUGGUUUGAUUCAUGUUCGAUACAUAUUAACCAGUAAAGGAAUGGCUGCAAUGCUAGAGAAAUUUAAGAACUAUGAUUUUGGAAGAUGUCCUCGAGUUUACUGUUGUGGCCAGCCCUGUCUACCUGUUGGGCAGUCGGACAUUCCUCGAUCAAGUACUGUGAAAAUAUAUUGUCCCAAAUGUGAAGAUAUAUUCUAUCCAAGAUCGAAGUACCAAGGCAAUAUUGAUGGAGCUUAUUUUGGGACGACAUUUCCUCACCUGUUUCUGAUGACUUAUGGGCACCUCAAGCCACAAAAGCCAUCACAACGGUAUGUUCCUAGGGUAUUUGGUUAUAAAAUUCACAAACCAUGACAGUGGAGUUGAGCGGCCACACAAAGAGAAUUUCAUUUGUAUCUGGAGGGGUUUCAGAAUGCAGCCAGUGUUGACCUGUCCUUACUGUUAAGAAAAUAUCUGCAUUGGGCUGUCCUAUGUCAAAUUAUUUUUAUCUUAAUCUUGUAACUACUGUACAACCGAAACUUUUAUGUUUGAUUAUUAAUUUCUAUCUCUUGAUUUCAA